AAAAGUCGUAUAAAGCCCCCGCGGCCUCGUCGUCGCUUCCCCCACCGAUUCCCUGCCCUCGUUUGAUCUGCCCUCCUCCUCCGGCCCAGCGGCGGCGCCGUUGACCCGCCCGCCGCCGCAUUCUUCCUCCGCGCCGGGUUUUCCUCGGUCCAGAUCCAGAGCGUGAGCAAGGUUGAACCUGCCCGUGAUUACGGCGCUGUUCAUGGGUGAAGAGGCUGUUGACUUCCGCGUGGAGAGCGUCGCCUUGGAGUCCAAGGAUUGCCGACAGCAUGCCGUGGACGCUGGCGAUAAGACGUAUGUUAUCGGCAGAUCAGAUGAUGACUCCAAGUCAUCCAUUGACAUUAAAAUUCUGGACAAACUAACUCAGACUUGGGUUGUACCUACAGUACUUGGGACACAGCCAACCAAAUCACACUCUGCGGUUCUUGUAAAUGACGAGAAUAUACUGAUUAUUGAAAAGGGUGUCCCCUUGAAUGAUUCCAUCUGGUUCCUUGAGAUAGACACUCCCUUUGUUAAACAGCAGCGGAAAAUCAAGGGCACAGAAGUUGUUACUUGGAGCAAGGGGGUAAUUGGCGUGGGCCAAAAGCCAGUUGUGAUUAGUGGACCUUCUGGUGUUGGUAAAGGGACAUUGAUUGCAAAGUUGAUGAAAGACUAUCCGUCAAAGUUUGGGUUUUCUGUUAGCCACACUACAAGAGCUCCAAGGGAGAAGGAAAUAGAUGGAGUUCACUACCACUUCACAGAACGAAGCAAAAUGGAGAAAGAUAUUAGUGAGGGUAAAUUUCUUGAAUUCGCUCAUGUUCAUGGAAAUGUAUAUGGCACAAGUAUUGAAGCAGUUGAAUCUGUUACUGAUGAGGGGAAGAGGUGUAUUCUCGACAUUGAUGUCCAAGGAGCUCGAUCUGUGAGGGCUUCUUCUCUUGAAGCAAUAUUCAUCUUUGUAUGCCCUCCAUCGUUCGAGGAACUAGAGAAGCGCCUUCGGGCACGGGGUACAGAAACAGAGGAACAAAUCCAGAAACGACUGAGAAAUGCUCGGGCUGAGCUUGAUCAGUCCAAUUCACCUGGUCUUUUUGAUCAUCUGUUGGUAAAUGAUGACCUUGAAACUUGCUAUGAGAAUUUGAAGAAGUUGCUUUCUCUGGAUGAUGACCAGGUAGAUGCAGAUGAUUUUUUUACCAAGAAUGGUAAAGAAACUGCAAGUUACUCUACUGUGUCCAAAAUCGACUCAGAAAUUUUGUUGCAAUCUGAGACUAAUGGAGCGGAGAAAGGAACUACAAGCUUGCUAGCGCUUGAUUUGUCAUCUGUCUCAGGAGGUGCCCCUGGACGAACAAGGGGACUUAAGAUACGCUCAGUUAACUCCUUUUGACAAUGGCUUAAAUGGGCAUUUAAGAUGACCCAAAACAUUCUUCCAAGUGAUACUUCAAAAGUGCUGACUUGAAUUUUGGAUCAAUUCCCAUGAGAUGACAGCUCCAAAAACAUCUUAGCUACGAAAAAAGGAAACAAACAUGGAAUUUAUUUCCAUUUGUUAUUCGUUUGUGCCAGAACGAGGUGAAAUCAGAGUGAGGAAUUGUACCUUAUUUUUGAGGGAUUGUGUACUUUACUGCUGUUGAGAGAUUUGUUCGGAUAAUAUGAUGGGAGCCUAUCUAAUUGUUCCUGUGUUCUAAAUAACCUUGAGCUCAUUGCUGGAUUAUGUUUUGCUUUUGUAUUGA